CCAGAGCCGGAAGUGACGACACCAGCGAAGCCUUUUGGGCGGGGCCUGGACUGGCUGCUCCAAAGGCUGGGAUUUCACAUCGGAAACAAAACAGCGGCUGCUGGGGAAGGGACCUGGGCUGCGAGAGGUGGCGGCUGCGACGAGAAAGAACCUAAUCCGGGAGCCUGCAAGUAAGAGCAACCUGUGAAGUUCUUAGAAAGCUUGGCCUGGAGGAGAACACAUGAAAGAAAGAACCCCAGGAGGCUCUGAUUUCUGUGAAAAAGUAUUUCUAUACGGUUGUUCCAAUGACAGAGUUACCUGCACCCUUGUCCUACUUCCAGAAUGCCCAGAUGUCCGAGGACAACCACCUGAGCAAUACUAAUGACAGUAGAGAGCGGCAUGAGCACAGCAUCGAGAGGCGGAGGCGUGGCAACUCUGAGUCGUUAUCCAAUGGCGGAGCCCAGGGAAACUCACGCCAGGUGGUGGAACAAGAAGAAGAGGAAGACGAGGAGCUGACGUUGAAAUAUGGCGCCAAACAUGUGAUCAUGCUCUUUGUCCCUGUGACUCUAUGUAUGGUGGUGGUUGUGGCCACCAUCAAAUCAGUCAGCUUUUAUACCCGGAAGGAUGGGCAGCUGAUCUAUACUCCAUUUACAGAAGACACUGAGACUGUAGGGCAGAGAGCCCUGCACUCAAUUCUGAAUGCUGCUAUCAUGAUUAGUGUCAUUGUCGUCAUGACUAUUCUCCUGGUGGUUCUCUAUAAAUACAGGUGCUAUAAGGUCAUCCAUGCCUGGCUUAUUAUUUCAUCCCUAUUGUUGCUGUUCUUUUUCUCAUUCAUUUACUUGGGGGAAGUGUUUAAAACCUAUAACGUUGCCAUGGAUUACAUUACGGUGGCACUCCUGAUCUGGAAUUUUGGUGUGGUAGGAAUGAUUGCCAUUCACUGGAAAGGCCCAUUGCGACUCCAGCAGGCAUAUCUCAUUAUGAUCAGUGCCCUCAUGGCCCUGGUGUUUAUCAAGUACCUCCCGGAAUGGACCGCGUGGCUCAUCUUGGCUGUGAUUUCAGUAUACGAUUUAGUGGCUGUUUUGUGUCCAAAUGGCCCACUUCGUUUGCUGGUUGAAACAGCUCAGGAGAGAAAUGAAACUCUCUUUCCAGCUCUUAUUUACUCGUCAACAAUGGUGUGGUUGGUGAAUAUGGCAGAAGGAGACCCAGAAGCCCAAAGGAAGGUAUCCAAAAACUCCAAUUAUAAUGCACAAAGCACAGGUGAAUCACAAGACUCUGUGACAGAGAGUGAUGAUGGUGGCUUCAGUGAAGAGUGGGAAGCCCAGAGGGACAGUCGCCUGGGACCUCAUCACUCUACAGCUGAGUCACGAUCUGCUGUACAGGAUCUUUCCAGAAGCAUCCCAGCCACUGAGGACCCAGAAGAAAGGGGAGUAAAACUUGGAUUAGGAGAUUUCAUUUUCUACAGUGUUCUGGUUGGUAAAGCUUCUGCAACAGCCAGUGGAGACUGGAACACAACCAUUGCCUGUUUUGUAGCCAUAUUAAUUGGUUUGUGCCUUACAUUACUGCUCCUCGCCAUUUUCAAGAAAGCAUUGCCAGCUCUUCCAAUCUCUAUCACCUUUGGGCUUGUUUUCUACUUUGCCACAGAUUAUCUUGUGCAACCCUUUAUGGACCAAUUAGCAUUCCAUCAAUUUUAUAUCUAGCAUAUUUCCAGUUAGAAUCUCAUGGAUUUUUUCUCCUUUGGCUAUAAUAAAAUCUGGGGAAAGCAAAGGUGAUUUUGCUGUGUCCACAUCUAACAAAGUCAGGAUUCCCAGCUGGACCUUUUUGCAGCUUCCUUCCAAGUCUUCCUGACCACCUGCACUUUUGGGCAUUGGAAGGAGGUGUCUACAGAGUGUGGUUUUGAACAUAUGUCAUUGUGAUGGACUGAGUCUCUCAGUGCAAAAACUACCAGAUUUGAGGGACAAGGACAAGGACAAGUGAUGGGCCAAAAAGUCGCUGUGCUCCCACCAGCAGUUUGACCACUGGUCACAGGUGGAUUUUACCAACGCUGCAGACUCUCAGGACUAUCAUUACCAAGAGCUUAAAUGAAACGGUUUAAACCAAACAGGACUCUUCAUCUUAAACUACAUGGUGAAAGUCAACCUAAUAAAACCUGUAUUGAAUUCUGAACCUUCUCGGGAGAUCCUAUAAGGAGAGCAGGCACCAGCAGCAAAGUGGAAAGAUGGAAAGGGGCUCAGACUUUCACUUUCAGACUUUCUUGCUGCAGACUUAACCAUUUUUAAAUAAGACUUUCUUCUUCCCCCUGAGUCAAGUCAGAUGUAUAGGUUGAUUUUGACAGUUCUUGUUCUCAAGCACUGAAACUCAUUACCACCUAUGGUGCCAUUUCUUCGCAAGGCCAGUCUGAACUUACCUGAGGUUGCUUCUUCUUUAAAAGUCUGGACCUCAGGUUCCAAAUUCAGUAACUUCUGGAAAUAAUGGAACAUAAUGAUUCUCUACCACCCGUAGGUAAAUUCCAGGUUUCCCACCGAAUUCCUAAUUUGUAGGCAUACCUGUAGGUUCACUUGCCCCCAUGUGCCUCUCUUGUUCCCUCUCUCUCCCUUCACUCCCCUCCAAGGCACUUCUGUACAGUGAAUAUGGCAGCUCUGUUGUGGGAGCAGACGGUCCAGUUAUUCUAGGAUUUUGCUCUUUGUGUGGUACAGAGAACGUGUCAUGAAUCAGUGCUCUUGGCCUUGCUGUUGCCAUUUCUUCAACAGCAAAUACAAUGUGUGCCCAAAGACAGUAGAAUUAAAGAAGAGUAAAAUGGCUGUUGAAGCACUUUCUGUCCGGUUUUUCUUUUCUUUUUUUAAGGAAAAAAAAAAAAAAUCAAAACUACAACCCAUUGUCUCUGACAGUAAGUCAGAAUUUAACCAAUAGCCGAAAGCUGGAGGUGUAUGCAGUUUAUGAUGGAGAAGGCCGUUCGCUCAGCUGUGAGAGAACCGAGACUCAGGAGGGGAACCAGCUGCCAGGAGAGGGGAGCAGGGGCCCCCAACAGCCAGUGGAGAGGAUGAGCUCAUGUCCUGUUGGCAGCUGUUUAGGAGGGCAUCCAAGUGAUUCCUCACAAUGGGUGGUUUGUGUUUUCCCUUCCGCCUUACCUUUCGUCUCAAUGUACCUUUGUGUGGAUUGGGCCACAGAGUUCAGGCCCUGCACAGUUCGGCUGGAUAAUGCACAAAGCCGAGCAGCCGCCUGUGGGCACGUGGCACCUCUGAAUGAAGCUUUGCCAGGCACACCCCUUCUUCACCACGGACAGCCCUCAGCCAUGGUCAUCAGACUGUGAGCCUUUGUGAGAAGCCUCCUGUGGCUUCUCUUCCCCCUGUGGCUGAAGAGAGGCCAGCUUUCCCUCUGUUUCCCGCUGCUUUCUCUCCAGCCAUCAUUUGAUCUGGUCUGGGGUUCUCCUUGCCAUGUGGAGUAUGUGUUUUCUGUCAUGGAUUGUUUCUCAUAAGAAGCUAACUUAGGAGUAAUGUGCUGGUCCUAACCUGUGUAUAAGAACUGCCUCAUAUUAGGCUGUGGGAACUGCAGGAAAAAUAAGAGCUAUGUGAAGAAAGUGGGGCUUGAAGUAAGUUCUCUCUUUUUUUCAUUCAGCCCCUUUCCAAGAAUCUCUCUCUCUCUCCUCAUGUAAGUGACACUGGGUAUUGUCUUCUAGAAAGACGUGUGGUUCAAUACAACAAAGCCACCUGAACUCCAAUUUGUGGUUUGAAGCAGUCUUGAAGGGAGCCCUGAUCUAGAAUAGUUUGUGUGAGGGUCCCAAACGUGCUGUGUCAUGGAGGCUUUAUCUCUGAAGAGGCUGUGUGGCGUGUGUGAUCAGCUUUAAAUGCAUCCUAUGUGUUACUGUCCUACGAGAAGUAUUGCAUCAGACCUGUUGCUUUCUCCAAGAUGGAGCCAUGUCUCAGCAUAGACACAGUGUAUUUCCUUAAACCACCAGUUUCAGAUGCAGAAACUUUCCUUCAAACCUUCUUUUCACUUGUUCCUGAAAUAUCCAAAUGCUAGUCUUCCACCAUGAAAAAAUAGAUUGUUACCAGAGAAAACUAUAGCAAUUCCACUGAGGAUGUGUCCUCAUGGGGCCGGUGGGGGGUGGGGGGUGGGGGGGAGCCCGGCAGAACAAAUGAUAAAGCAUGACCAUCUGACCUGCUUUUAAAAAAGGGAGAGGACAGUAGGAAAAAGGACGCCCACGGGUGUCUGGAUCUGACUGGCCUACAGAAAAAUACAGAGUGUUUACAUGCAGAAUGUUGCCACAAACUGGCCUAUGGAAAUACCAACCAUAUUUGGAAGAUUCGUGGAAUUUUUUCUGAAGAAGAAGGGCUGGCUUCUCCCUUUGAUUCUCAUCAAGUUAGUGUGUGGUCCUUGGAUCACAGUUCUCUCUAUAAAUGACCAGAUUUCUUGCUCAGAAAAAAAUUUUUCUAAGAAACUUUUUCUUUCUUAAAAGAAAAUUGUUAAGUGAAGAGUUUAUUGAUUGCACUACAGAAGCAACAGCUAAUGAGGGGAUGGUUUUAAUUUUUAAACUCCUGGAUCUCCUUUUUUUUUUUUAAGUGUUCCUUGGUUUUAAAAAAACUCGACUUCCAUAACAGAUGUCCAAACACAUAAUAUGUUUAGUACUUGGCCUCAAAAACUUGACGUAUGUACAUGUCUUGAUCAUCAUUUGCAGAAUGUGAGACAGAAGUUAAACCACCACCUUAGAUCUUCCAGGUCACACAUCUCGAGGAGCCCUCUGAUCCUGAUCCCCAGUGCCUGGCCUUGCUUAUUCACUCAUUCACAAUCUAGCCCUGAAGAAAAAGAGGUCCGAAACCACUAUGGAAAUUUUCGCCAAUGUCUUCCAUGUUCUUAGCAUGGUGCUGGAGUCUAACGAGGCAAAGAUGAACGAGAUGCAUCUUCAGAGUGUAGCUUAGUCCCUUUUUUUCUGCUAUCUUUAACUUCCCAAAAUAUUGGAUGCUUGUCAAUACCCCCUUUUCAUGGUUACUGUUAUGAGGGCUUUAAAAUUGAUGAUAUAAAGAUGACUUGAUUCUUCGUGAAACCAAUCCUUUCAGUAAAUUACUCCUUUUUCUCUAAA